GGCAGAGCGGGCAGAGCGUAAGUCGAAUCUGCUGACAGGGGUCCUGGGGCCGCGGCUGGGGAAUGAAGGGUCCUGAGGGGGAGCACAGAGCCUCUCUGAGGCUGGGGGCCGCCCCCCUGGAGCCGGGCACCUGAGGCUGAUGACAUGAGCCUGACCCUGUACCUGCUCCUCCUGGGGCCCCUGCGCUGCUCCUUGGCCGCGGCCCCGUGCAAAGAGGAGGAGUAUCCGGUAGGGGCCGAGUGCUGCCCGAAGUGCGGCCCAGGUUACCGGGUGCAGGAGGCCUGCGGGGAGCUGACCGGCACGCUGUGUGUCCCCUGCGACCCGGGGACCUACACGGCCCACCUCAAUGGCCUGAGCGAGUGUCUUCAGUGUCGUGUGUGUGACCCAGCCAUGGGCCUGGUGACCAGGCGACAGUGCUCCACAACAGAGAACACCGUGUGCGUCUGUGACCAGGGCCACUUCUGCGUUAGUGAGUCGGGGGACGACUGUGCGGAGUGCCGUCCCCACACGGCCUGCAGACCUGGCCAGAGGGUACAGCAGAGAGGCACCGAGUGGCAGGACAGGGUGUGUGAGGACUGCCCUCCGGAGACCUUCUCGCCCAGUGGGACCCUGGAGGAGUGCCAGCCCUGGACCAGGGGGACCCGCCAAGGGGAGACUCUUACAGGUCCCGCAGGCCCCGCCGGACGUCACCACAGUGGCUUUGGAGGAGACGGCAUCCGUGUUUCCCGGGAGGGACCAGCCCACCGAUCGACGGCUCUAGGAGGCGGACGUCUGAGACAUCUCGGGCUGUGCCCGCUCGAAGCCGCCAGGCCCCCGAGGGCAGACUGUGGGCCCUCAGACUCGACGCAGCAGAGGGAUACCGGCCGCCGCUCAGGGGGCUCGGGGACCUCACACGCCUCCCAUCAACUUCGCGGGGGCCCGCCUCCCUGCCACCUGUGCUGUCCACGUGUAGACCCGGCCCUGUGAGGACACCGCCACUCUCGGCUCCAAGCCCCACUCACUCCCAGUCCCUCUGGGCCUCGGCUAGCUCGUCUGUAGGAUGGGCCUGCCCGCACCUACCUCACAGCUGCGGCGACACUGGAGGGACCACGAAUGCGACACUGGAGGGACCACGAAUGCGGCACGACACGUGACUGUCACGUUUGCAAGUGAUUUCUAAAUUGGAGGUGUUUGUUUAACGAAUACAAAAUUGCUUUAUAAUUUCUCGUUAAAAAGUAUAUUUUGGAAGGAUGUUUUGAGAGUAUGUAAACCUCCUGUUUCUCCCAAAACUUUCAUCCACUGAUGAUUUAAAAGAUUUUUUUUAUUAAAAAUUUUUUUAAUGGUUA